ACUUUCCGCGAACGAAGGCCACUGGGUAAUUUUGCAAAAUGUCCAUUUAGUGAGGAAAUGGUUGCCUACAUUGGAAAAAAAGAUGGAACAGUGCUCGGAGAAUCCACAUGAUGAUUAUCGUUUGUUCAUUAGUGCGGAACCCAGUCCUGAUCCUCAUGAAUCAAUAAUACCUCAGGGUAUACUAGAAUCAGCCAUAAAGAUUACGAACGAACCACCAUCUGGAAUUCAAGCGAAUAUUCACAAAGCGUUGGAUAACUUUACCCAGGAAACUUUGGAGUCCUGCAGCAAGGAAACCGAAUUCAAAGCAAUAUUAUUUGCACUUUGUUAUUACCACGCUGUACUUGCAGAACGUAGAAAAUUUGGGGCGCAAGGAUGGAAUAGGUCCUACCCAUUCAACUUCGGUGAUCUAACAAUCAGCGUAUCUGUAUUAUUUAAUUACCUGGAAAAUAGUAUCAAAGUACCUUGGGAGGAUCUUCGUUACUUAUUUGGAGAAAUAAUGUAUGGAGGUCACAUAACAGAUGAUUGGGAUAGAAGACUAUGCAAGACAUAUUUAGUAGAAUAUUUGAAAACGGAAUUAGUCGAAGGUAUAUAUGAUAAUUCACAAUAAUAUUUCCAAUGUAUUCGAUUUAUUAAAUCUAUUUUUAAGUACAAUUUUUCUAUAAAACUUUAAGUUUGUAAAUACUUUAUUGGUCUCUUCUUAUAAUAAUCAAAACUUUUUAAUAUUGAAACGAAAUAUGCUUUAUAUCAGUAAUUC